AUGACUGUUUUCUCCCCCACAACACUGUCAGAAGCAGAGGACACUAAUGAAACCCCGUCUUCUGAGGAGGACCAGGAUUUUGUUGAGUAUUCCAAAGAUUUGGCUUUCAAACAGACUACCCCGAGGAAAAGCAUCACUCAGAUCAUAAAGGACAAGAAGAAACAGACUCAGCUCACUCUUCAAUGGCUGGAGGAAAACUAURUUGUUUGUGAAGGCGUUUGUCUGCCGCGUUGCAUCCUGUACGCUCACUACCUAGACUUCUGUAGGAAGGAGAAACUGGAUCCAGCCUGUGCUGCUACAUUUGGCAAGACAAUUCGUCAGAAAUUUCCACUUCUUACAACAAGAAGACUUGGGACCCGAGGUCAUUCAAAAUAUCAUUAUUACGGCAUUGGCAUCAAAGAGAGCAGUGCCUAUUAUCACUUGGUGUACUCAGGAAAAGGCUUGACGAGAUUUUCAGGGAGCAAACUCAAGAAUGAGGGAGGAUAUACUCGGAAAUACUCCCUCAGCUCCAAAACAGGAACUUUGCUUCCAGAAUUCCCAAGUGUACAGCAUCUAGUGCUUCAAGGUUCUGUCUCUAAAGAGAAGGUGGACACGCUCAUCAUGAUGUACAAAACACAUUGUCAGUGCAUCCUGGACAAUGCCAUCAAUGUCAACUUUGAAGAGAUACAGAAUUUUCUGCUGCAUUUCUGGCAAGGAAUGCCCGACCACCUUUUACCACUGCUGGAUAACUCCGUAAUCGUGGACAUCUUCUGUGUGUGUGACUCUAUACUAUAUAAGGUUCUGACAGAUGUCCUGAUCCCUGCUACGAUGCAGGAGAUGCCUGAAAGUCUCCUGGCAGACAUCCGUAAGUUGGCCAAGCACUGGGAAGACUGGAUGGUGUCUUCUCUGGAAAACCUCCCAGAAUGCCUCUCAGAGAAGAAGCUCCCGAUCGCACGCAGAUUUGUGUCCUCUCUAAAGCGUCAGACCUCCUUCUUACACCUUGCCCAGAUCGCGAGACCCGCUCUUUUUGACCAGAAUGUGGUGAACUCCAUGGUGGUGGAUGUAGAUCAAGUGGAUUUGAACAGCAUAGGGUCACAAGCCCUUUUCACCAUCUCAAGUGGAGACCAAGACUCUGACCUCUACUCUGAAUAUGACUCUAUAACAGCGUUCCAAGAGCUGAAAGACCUACUGAAGAAGAAUGCCACUGUGGAAUCCUUUAUUGAGUGGCUGGACACUGUUGUGGAGCAGAAGGUCAUUAAGCCUGGGAAGCAGAACGGACGGUCUAUAAAGAAGCGAGCUCAGGACUUCCUCCUCAAGUGGAGUUUCUUUGGAGCACGUGUUAUGCACAACCUCACGUUGAACAACGCCACAAGUUUUGGUUCGUUCCACCUCAUCCGCAUGCUGCUGGAUGAGUAUAUCCUUCUGGCUAUUGAGACACAAUUCAACAACAACAAAGAACAAGACCUUCAGAAUCUCCUAGAUAAGUACAUGGGAAAUGCAGAUGCCAGCAAGGCGGCAUUCACUGCCUCCCCUAGCUCCUGUUUCCUGGCCAACCGUAACAAGCCCAGCGCGGUGUCCAGUGAUCUGUCUGUGAAGAACGAGUCCCUCUCAGAACACACAUACAUGACCCUGUCAGCUAAUCAGCAGGCAAACAUGACCUACCAAGGCUCUGAAACAGAUGGAUUCUCUCUGUCAGGACAAAUGGACUUUUCCCAGAACAGUGGCCCUCUGAUGACCCCUCCCAUCUCCCCAGCCAUGGUGAACAGGGGCAGUGUCAUCAACCAGGGCCCCAUGGCCGUCAUACCCCAGAGUGCCUGCACCACCAUCCAGCCCCACAUCUCCUGCCAAGCCUUCCCAGACACCAUGUACCAGAGCCUACCUUCCAGUAGCCCCAGCUACUACCCAACCACUUCCAACUACCAGGCUGUGUUCAGGCCCCAGACACAGGCCCAGGCCCCUGCCUACCACACCCGCUCUGACAGCAGCCACUACCCGUCCUUCAGUGAGCAGCACCUGGCCAAAGACUACUUCAACAGCAGCUGUGCAGUGUCCCCCUACAGCUCCAGACCCACCUCCAAUUACAGCACAGUCCCUGAUCCUGGGAUGGAGACUCAGGGGGUUCAGCUACUGGACUCUGGAGGAUACAAUUUUGUCAUGAGUGGGUUAAACAGUAGUGGCUGUCAGGAGUCUGCCUACUCAACAGCAGGACACAGUGGGUACUAUGGAAACAGUGGCUACCUGGAUAGCCAGAGGCUGGGUUCCAUGAUAGACCAGCAUGUGUCAGUUAUCAGCAGUGUGAGCAGUAUCCGUUCCGUCCCAACGUACGCUGAUGUACACGACCCCCUCAACAUCCUGGAUGACACAGGCAGAAAGCCGGCAGGYCCUUACUACCCUGAGUCUGACUCACUGGGCACACCUGGAGCUCCUCCCCUCCCCUCCUCGAUCUCCGCACCCUGCAUGUAUGGAGGUCCUGCCCAGUUCCACUCCCAGGAUGCACCGCUUCCUCACCAGGGACCAUCUGAGGUACGUGACAUGGUGUCAUCGCUGCCACCCAUCAACACUGUGUUCAUGGGGUCUAGUGGAGGAGGACCGUGAGCUGUGACUGAACCUCCAACCACCACCACUCCUCAAGGUCCUCCGUUCCCUCUCACACCGCUCCUCAAGGUCCUCCGUUCCCUCCCACACCACUCCUCAAGGUCCUCCGUUCCCUCCCACACCACUCCUCAAGGUCCUCCGUUCCCUCCCACACCGUUCCUCAAGGUCCUCCGUUCCCUCCCACACCACUCAGUCACUGUAAGCAAUGACUCAGAUCACAGACAGAAAUAUGCUUAAAGUAUCUCUUAUGUAGCCUAUAUAUCUUGUGUCAAUUUAUGAAGCCCUCAGCUGUUCAGUCAAUGUGCAGUCAAAUGUUUUGAUGAAUUGAAUUAAUUAAUAAUUUGCAAUUGAACCAUUUUAAUAUAAUUCAAUCAGUUCAUCUUCAUGUGGUCGAAGGCGACUUUGUGUAUUUUCUGAGUGAACAUGUAAAUAAAUACCUGUUGAAUAAUACCAAGAAUGUAAACAUUURAAAUGUAAAAUAUAUAGUCUCAUUAAGACAGGUUUGAUUGAUUAUGACAAGUUUUAAAACAGCAUGUUAUUUAUUUUAGUUGCCUUUAUAGCCUGUUACAAUGUAAUAUUAAUGCUGUAAAUGUAUAUACUCUCUAUCUGAGUUAGGCCAGACAUUGUUGAAACUAAACUGUAAGCAAAAAAAGAUUUUGUAUCUUAGGUUUUGAUACAUGUAAAAUUAGGAGAAAAUUAACUUAUACUUACCUGUAUAUGACCGAAUGAGAGGUAGGAGCUUAGAAAUUACUGUUGUUUGCAAUACAGAUUAACAUU